CAGAGGCUAAAAGCAGCGACGGCUGCCGUGGGAACCGCGCUGCCUCGACUUGGUUACCCUUCGCUGGGCAGAUUCUACAUUUAUCGACGCUGGUGCAUCCGCCGCCCACCAGCGAAGUGCAGGCGGUCAAAGCCGAAUCUGAACUUCAAUUCUGCGUGACUGGUUGCGGAGCUGGCUUAACGCCCUGAGGACCGGGGUGGACAGGGUCCCCCCCCCCCCACACCUCCAGGCGAGCUUUCUCACCCAGGGCACCUUCCGGAGGCUGCAAGUGAAGGAAGGCGCGCGCUGGUUCCUGAGCUUAUACCCUACUGAGACACAAGGAAGGCAGAGCCCUGGGAACGUUGUUUUGUCAGUUCCUUCUGAGAUCAAGCCUUUCCGAAAAGCCUGUGCAUCUUGUAUUCAGAUAGGCGAUCAUUGUCAUUCAUGGCAAACAUCAUUGCACGUGUCGGUAACAGCAGGGGGGGGAACGCACCCUUGCCGCCUUGGGCUCAUUCCAUGCUGAGGUCCCUGGGGAGGAGUCUUGGUCCUUUAAUGGUCAGCAUGGCAGAGAGAAACAUGAAGUUGUUCUCAGGGAGAGUGGUACCAGCCCGAGGGGAAGAAACCUUUGAAAACUGGCUGGUCCAAGUCAGUGGGGUCCUGCCAGAUUGGAAUAUGUCUGAGGAGGAAAAGCUCAAACGCUUGAUGAAAACCCUUAGGGGUCCUGCCCGGGAGGUCAUGCGAUUGCUGCAGGCAGCCAACCCCAAUUUAAGUGUGGCAGAUUUCUUGCGGGCGAUGAAAUUGGUGUUUGGGGAGUCUGAAGGCAGUGUGACUGCCCAUGGUAAAUUUUUUAACACCCUGCAGGCGCAAGGGGAGAAAACCUCCCUUUAUGUGAUCCGUUUAGAGGUGCAGCUCCAGAAUGCUAUUCAGGCAGGGAUCAUAGCUGAGAAAGAUGCAAACCAGACUCGCCUGCACCAGCUCCUUUUAGGGGCUAAACUGAAUAGGAACCUGCGCUUCAGGCUUAAGGAUCUUCUCAGGAUGUAUGCUAAUGAGCAGGGGCGUCUCCCCGGUUUCCUGGAGGUUAUCAGGAUGAUAAGAGAGGAAGAGGAUUGGGAUGACACUUUUAUUAAACGGAAGCGGCCCAAAAGAUCUGAGUCAAUCGUGGAGAGAGCAGCCAGCCCUGCGGCAUUUCAGGGCCCCCCACCGACAGCCAUUGGCAGUGCUGACUGCAACGUGAUAGAGAUAGAUGAUACCCUCAAUGACUCAGAUGAGGAUGUAAUCCUGGUGGAGUCUCAGGAGCCUCCACUUUCAUCCUCGAGUUUGACUCCCCCCAGAUGCAGGGCCAGACCUCAGGAUCAAGUGCUAGUCAUUGAUUCCCCCAACAAUUUCCGGGCCCAAUCUCCUUCCACCAGUGCUAGUUCAGGAUACAAGAAUGAUGGUCCUGGGGAUAAGCGUAAGGCCAGGAAGCGAAAAUACACAAUCCACUGUUCAUAUUGUGGCGAGGAGGGCCACUCAAAAGAAACCUGUGACAAUGAGAGCAACAAGGCCCAGGUGUUUGAGAAUCUGAUCAUCACCCUGCAGGAGCUGACUUAUACAGAGGAGGAGGGCCCAAAAGAGGCCCUUGGUGAGCACAAUGACCCCUCUAAGCCACAGUGGGAUGCUAGCCCCCAGCCCUAAAUGAACCCUUCCUUAUCCAUCUUCAGAGUCUGGUGAUGUGAAAGGUGAAGGUGUGUGUUUAAAUUGCAUGAGUUUACCCACAGAGCAGCUUUCUUUUGAGGUGGAGGAGAAAGGGUCUUGGAUACCAGCACAGUGGAGGGGGAUGGCCGGACUUUAGUCCUUGCUCCCUCCCACCCGACGCCUGCCUAAGGGCCUUUUUUCUGCGUGUCUAUUUUCUUGAUGGCUUUAUUCUCUGUGUGAAAGUGGCAUAAUUCCUUGUUGAAUCUUCAUACAAUAAAGAAAAGUACAAAAAAUAAGAAUUAACUGAACCCCCUCCCCUUAUAUAACCAUUGUCAAUCCUUUGAUGAAUGUCCUUCUAGAUAUUUCCCUCUACCUGUGUACCAAAUAAAUAUAUGUAUAGAUAAAAGUGAUCAAAUAUAAGUGCUGUUCUAUAUACUGUAUUUUUUCACCAAAUAAUAUAUGUUGUAGACUUCUUUUAUGUCAAUAAAUAGUAUA